AUGCCGGACUUAGCACCUCAACCUGCACCAUUUAUCCCCCGUUAUCUUCUCAAUAGCCCUCUGACUAAACAUAACAAAUACUGCCCCGAAAAGGAAAUAAAAUUACCAACGAAAUGGAAUAAAGACGACAAAUCAGAUUGCAUA